AUGGAUGUCAUCGGACCAAUUGAACCUGCUACCUCAAACGGACACAUGUAUGUUUUGGUGGCUAUAGACUACUUUACAAAAUGGGUUGAAGGCGCUUCCUAUAAGGCUGUGAUUAAGAAGGUUGUAGCAGAUUUUGUCCGGGAUCGUAGUGUUUGUCGAUUUGGAGUACCUAAGUCAAUCAUUACUGACAAUGUCGCCAAUCUCAACAAUGACCUGAUGAAAGAUAUGUGUGAAACAUUCAAGAUCAAGCAUCGGAAUACUACAGCAUACAGGCCACAAAUGAAUGGAGUCGUAGAAGCCGUUCGUACAUCAACUAGGGCAACUCCCUGUCUACUAGUCUACAACACUGAAGCCGUUAUUCGCGCCGAAGUGGAGAUUCCCUCCUUAAGAAUCAUACAAGAAUCCGAGCUCAGCGGCGCAGAAUGGAUACGAAACCGAUAUGAACAACUUGCUCUCAUUGAUGGCAAGAGAAUGAAUAUGGCAUGUCACGGUCAACUCUCCCAUAACAGAAUAGCAAUGGCUUUCAACAAAUGGAUUAGAUCGAGGCGAUUCACACCGGGGCAAUGGUGCUGA